UAUAUAAUAUCCACCCACCUUGAAACCUUAUCAGUUCAAUUUUGAACAAAGAAAAACUAGAGGUAGCAAUAACAUGGCAGAAGAAAAAGAGAUGAAAGUUGUUGAAGGUUUAGAUCUUGAAAGGUAUAUGGGAAGAUGGUACGAGAUAGCUUCUUUUCCAUCAAGGGAUCAGCCAAAGGACGGAGGCAACACAAGAGCAACAUACAAACUCAACACUGAUGGAACUGUUGAUGUUCUUAAUGAGACUUGGAGUGGUGGCAAAAGAGGUUUUAUUCAAGGUUCUGCUUUUAAGGCUAACCCUAAUAAUGAUGAAGCUAAAUUCAAAGUCAAGUUUUACCUUCCUCCAUUCCUUCCAAUUAUUCCUGUUACAGGGAAUUAUUGGGUUUUGGCUAUUGCUCAUGAUUAUCAUUAUGCUUUGAUUGGUGAACCAACCAAGAAAUCUCUUUGGAUAUUAUGUAGGGAGACUCGUUUAGAUGAUGAAAUCUAUAAUGAACUUGUGGAGAAGGCAAAGGAAGAGGGAUAUGAUGUCACCAAACUCCGCAAAACACCUCAUGCAGAUACACCGCCGGAGGAAGAAGGCCCCCAAGACAACAAAGGCAUUUGGUGGUUUAAAUCCAUUUUUGGGAAAUAGCUCUUGCAUAUAUGUAUAUGAUUAAAUUAUGCAUUAAUUAUAUCUCUGGUUUUUUAAGCAUUCUGUUUCUUCUAUGUAUAUGUUCUUUAAGAUUUUUAUAUAUUAUAUAGAAUCUUAAAGUAAUAGUAUUUGUUUAUAAUUUCAAUUAAGUACACUUAGCUGAUGUCAAAAGUUUGAUUCGAUUACAUAUUUGUUGAUA